UAUUCUAAUAUAUCAGACACCAUCAAGAUGCGUUUCUACACCAGUGUUUCCAUCUUUGCCUUGUCCGCAUCCGUGCUCUCGGCUCCUACGCCUCAGGCCGGCAGCCUCACCAACAUCGGCUCUGGAAACGACAACCACAACGGCAACAAGGUCAUUGGUGACAACGCCCUUCUGUCUGGCAACGUGGUUGCACUCAACGGCCUCACGGAUGGUAUUCUGAAGGAGAAGCGCCAGGGAACUGAGCUUGAAGGCGUUACCGGCGCUAUUGGCGACGUUACCAAGAUCAGGGUCGUUGGUAACGCCAGGCGUCAACUCGGUGUUCCCGUCGUUCCUGGUACUGCUCAGACUGUUGACAGUGUUACUGGCAAGCUCGGCGCUGGCAGUGUUGUCCAGGGCCUCGAGAGUGACAUCCAAAAGCGCCAGCUUGGCGGUGACCUUUCCGGGGUUACCGAUCUUGCCGGUCUUGCCACCAAGCCUGUUAACACGGUGGCCAACGGCAUCAACGUCUUCGACGACAAGAAGGCUAAGCGCGACCUUACCGCUGAUGGCGGUAUUCCCGUUGUUAACGGCCUUCCCGUUGCUGGCGGUCUCACCGACCCUUUGAAGCACACUCCCGUUGUUGAGGGUGGUCUCGCAGUCGUCAACGGCGUUGUUCCUGACACCAACGGACUAGAUAGCUCCCUCUUCGGCCUCGUCAAGCCCGUCUCCGACGCCACCAGCGUCCUUGACGUCAAGCGUGAGGCUGGUGUCGUUGACACUAUCCUCGCCGGCGAGGGCAGCACAAACAACAUUGGCUCUCUUAAUGGAAAUGGAAACGGAAACUCUAUUAUUGGCCACAACACCAUCCUCUCUGGCAACGACAUUGUUGACAAGCGCGAGCCUGAUGUUGUUGACACUAUUCUCGCCGGCAGUGGCAGCAAGAACAACAUUGGCUCUCUCAAUGGAAACGAAAACGGAAACUCGGUUAUCGGACACAACUCUCUCCUCUCUGGCAACGGCCUGAUCAUCAAGCGCGAGGCUGAUGGCGUUGACGGUGCCCUGACCGCCAUCGUCGCCGGCUCCGGUAGCAAGAACAACAUCCACUCUGGUAACGGAAACGGAAACGGAAACUCUGGUGUUGGCGACAACACCAUCCUCUCUGGUAACGGUAUCAUCCUGUAAAUCAAUUCCACAUCCUAGAAACGUAAAUGUGGGAUUUGAUUUCUUGGCGAUUGGGGGUUAGGCAGGCGGUUCUGUGUCCAGCGAGCGAAUGAGCAAGAGAGAGAGAGAUAGGCAAGAAAGAGAGGAGUGAAGAGAACAAGGACAUGUCGGUUCCUUGGGAAGUUGUGAGUCUGAUCCGGAACCAAGAAAAAGAGCGGACAGUCAGGCAGGCAGGCUGAACAGGGUCGUGUGAGUGAGUGAGCGAGCAAGCAAGAAACAGAUGUGACAAGGUUGGUCAUGGAGUUCGUGAGACACAAGUUAGAAGACGUUCGUCUAUAGUAUUUGAUGGCUUUU